AUGAAGGAGAUGGGAGGAGAGGCGAAGAUGUAUCACCAGCUCACGGUGGCUCUUCGCAUCCGCCCCAUCAACGAACCGGAGCUUGAUGAAGGAGCCAUUAUCAUUGCACACAAAGUGGAUGACCAGAUGGUGGUCUUGAUGGAUCCGACAGAAGACCCAGAUGACAUCCUCCGAGCGAAUCGAUCUCGCGAGCGGACCUUCAUGUUCGACGUGGUGUUUGAUCACACUGCCUCCCAGGAAGAUGUUUACAUGGCUACCACCAAGGACCUGAUAGAAGGUGUCAUCUCCGGAUAUAAUGCUACUGUCUUUGCGUAUGGACCUACAGGGGCUGGCAAGACAUACACCAUGCUGGGGAUGCACUGUGAGCCUGGAAUCUACAUCCGCACACUCAACGACCUGUUCCGAGCUAUUGAAGCUACCAGUGAGAGCAUGCAGUACAAUGUCUCGAUGUCCUACUUAGAGAUUUACAAUGAAAUGAUCCGCGACCUCUUGAACCCUUCAUCGGGGUUUCUGGAUUUGCGGGAAGAUUCCAAGGGUGGGAUCCAGAUAGCGGGAAUCACGGAAUUCUCAACCAGCAAUGCCAUGGAGAUCAUGCAGCUGCUGACAAAGGGAAACCGACAACGCACGCAGGAGCCCACGGCUGCGAACAGAACCUCGUCUCGCUCCCACGCCGUGCUGCAGGUCACCGUCAAACAGAAGAGCCGGAUAAAGAACAUUAUGGAGGAGAUACGGGUCGGACGCCUCUUCAUGAUCGACCUUGCGGGAUCUGAGAGGGCGUCGCAGACGCAGAACACCGGCAAACGAAUGAAAGAAGGAGCCCACAUUAACCGGUCACUGCUGGCUCUGGGGAACUGCAUCAACGCACUGAGCGAGAAGGGAGCAAACCGAUCGCAGUACGUCAACUACAGAGACAGCAAACUCACCCGUCUGCUCAAGGACUCGCUGGGAGGAAACAGCAGGACGGUUAUGAUUGCUCACAUCAGCCCCGCCAGUGCCUCCUUUGAGGAAUCCAGGAACACCCUGAUCUACGCAGACCGUGCCAAGAACAUUAAAACCAGGGUGAAACGCAACCUGUUGAACAUCUCAUAUCACAUCACCCAAUACACCAACAUCAUCACUGAUCUGAGGAACGAGAUUGAUAGGCUGAAAUCAAAGAUUGAUGAGCAGGGUCCCGAGCGACGGAAAUUGGAAAAGGCCAAUAUCAGGGACAUCCAAGCUGAGGUGCAGCAACACUCGGUGCAGUAUAACCGCGGGGAGAUGGGCCGUCUGCGGGAGCAACUGAUGAGCGCCUUCAGGCAACAGAUGGAGAUCCGCCGCAGCCUCAUGGAGCUGGAGAACACCAACAUGGAGCUUCACAUCGACACCUCCAGGCACUUGCUGACCAUAGCCGACUGGGAAAGAGAGAAAGCCCAUCUCGCUCGGAGGUGGAGGGAGGAGCAGAGGAGGAGCAGAAAAGGAACCGGGACAGACGGAGAUUUGGACACGAGUGAACCUGUGGAGGUCACUGUGGCACGGGAGGAAAUCGCCAUGCUUUUGGCUGAACAAAGAAAAACUGCCGUCCUUAAGUCUGAGCUGGAACAGAAACUAGGAGACACCAAGGUGAAGGUCUCCAAGAUGGAGGACUUGCUGCCCAAGUGGAUCAGCAGUGAGGACCAGCAGGAGAUCCUGAGCUUACUCUGCAAGGUUCACGAGCUGGAGGUGGAGAACACCGAGAUCCAGUCCACAGCCCUGCGGAAAGAGAACAUCCUGCAACAGAAGGACUUUGUUAUCCAGCGAUACGAGCAGCACAGAACACUCUGCGAUGAGAUUAUACAGCAACAGAGGCAGCUGAUAGAGGAUCACAACCUGCAGGUUCCUCGGCAGCUACAGGAGCUCUACGCCAUCUAUUUCCAAGAGAUGGAAGAGGGGACCCUGGAGAGUUUGUCCACCCUCCACACCAUCACCGCAAACACACUGAGGGAUGGUACGAUCCUGAAUGUUGCCCGCCAGCUAAACCUGGGGGAAUAUGUGGUGGCAAUGGAUAGCAGUAAAGAAGACAUAAGACCAAAAAUGGUUGUGCAUGAGAAUAAGAAACUGCUUCAUCCACGGGCAAAGGACUCGCUACCUCCCAUCCUCUCCGAACACGAUGGUGACACCAACAAAGUGUUUAAAGCCACCGCCCAGUCACGCUACAUGAAACAGUUGCCAACGCUAACACCACCUCCUAUCCGUCUGCCUGGACCUCUGUUCCUCCAGAAGCAGAAUCUGCUCGGCCUGAAGGACCGCAGCCGGAGUCGGCUAUCCAGCACUCCGUCGGAGACGGACAGCAGCAAGUCAGAAUUGGUUCACAGCCUGAACAAGCCACAGGGCUCCGGCAAACUGGAGGAGAUUGCCACCGGCACAAAGAGCAUAUCCGUCAUAGCAGCCAAGCGGCGUUCCAAAGCACAGGCCCUGCCGCUGGAGUCUACAGUGAUGGCCUUGAAGGAGAAAGAGAGGAACACCGCGUCCGUCCAUUCCCUCGAGGAGACCGAGAAGGAGAAUCGGGGCCGGGGGGUAAUCCUGAAGAAAAACACCUUAAACUCGGAAAUAUCGUCCGUGGCGAAUUUUGAUGACCUCUCGACGGAGACGGGGGUGAUUGACCUCAGCAACCACCAGGGGUCCAGCCACCCCCUGACCCCGCGUGGAGGCCGGGCCAAUGUUAAAGGACUGAGGAAGCCCGAGCCCAGGGAGGAUUCCACUGAGAUGAGCCUGAGGAAGAAACGAUCGCGAUCUUUUGAAGUUAACUCGCAAGGGCUCCCCAGACUCAGACAAAACCCCUCCCGGCCUCACAAUCUCAAGAGUAUUUCUGACCACAGGUUUGCGGUUGCCCCACGCCUUUUCCAGAAUUCCAACCAUUACCUGCAGCCCAAGAUCGUCACCGGAGACACAGGCAAGCUCUCUGACGGGACAAUGCCCCCGGCAAACAAAGUCAAGUUCCCACUGAGCCAUCAUUCAGGCGAGAGUCCUUUACAGAAGCUGGAAGUGGGCAAUACUCCACCGAGCACCAUCCAGCAGAGACACUCCGAGGGAAACAAGGGGCUGGUCUUACACAAACGAAUCAAAGGCCCAGGUGAUGGCGUGCACACACAGCAGCUCCUAGCACAUCCCAGUAGCUUCAAGAAGGGAAUUGCCUUGGGUUUCCGGACCUGUGGAGUGACGGGGACAAACCUACACAACACGAUGAUGAAGGGAGAUGUCAGGUACAGAAAGUGAUGAGCGCUAAGUAGAAACCCUUUGGGUAUCACUCUCCCGAACGAUCUUUGAAACGAGACGAAAAUCAUUAUGGACAAUAAGCUCCUGGAAUCCAGGAAGAACAUCGCAGCCGGUCAUUCUCCAGCCCAACAUAUACCAUCAAAUUCCAAAGGAAAGCAAAAUGUCCGGUCAUGGUUUCCUUUUGCUUGCAAAAAACAAUCUCUCCAGUUGCUAUUAAAAGGGAACUUAGUGCUAUUAAGAAGCAGAUUGUGCUCUUGAACAUGACAAGCAAUACCACAAGAUCCUAAGAGAUCUGGAACAGUGAUAAGAGGAUUUAUAGACUUUUAUGACGCAUGGUGGUACAGUAUAUGCACAUAUGUACUUACUUGUACAUUAAAAAGGCUCGAUCCUUUUGAGAGCAGAAGGAAGGAAUUAAGAAAAGGCGACAGACAGAACUCUGUGAUUGGGCUGGAACUGAAUCAAAUGUCAACAGCUUUCUAAAUAUGCACAUUUGUAUCAUAUAAUCACCAUUUGAAAUAUUUUGUAAAUUUCUAAAUACCACAAUUACUUGCAGAAUUAAAGACCUGUACCAAACUAUUUGCUUUUAUAAUUAUAAUUUAGAAUCUGUUUAAGAGAUACCUAUCUUGUCUAUGUUUAAACUUAUGAUGGCAUUCAGAGAGGAGAGGAAAGUGGCUGAUAAUGCAGAUUUCAUCUGGUUUGUUGGCAACUGAAAAUUAUAAGUUCAAUACUAUUAAUAGUGCUAUAUGUGCUGUGUAAAAUUUAGAACCAAGUUACGCGGGAGUGUUAAGUUAUAUCUGCUAAUAGACUGGUGUGAGUGGCUCUACUGUUUUGUAUAAACUUACUGAUGAUGACCCAGCAACACAGAUCCACUGUGAGAGGAAGAAAGAAGAAGGAACUUGGCUAAAUGUCUCAAAACGCUUCACAGUAACCCUUCAAAAUAAUCACGCGUGACUCACGAUGCUGGCUGCGAGCUCCACUGUUGAACAACACAUCGUGGUGGUGCCUUUUCUGUUUGUGCAGCCUGGCUGGCUCGGUCGGAAGCACUCUUGCCUCCGAGUCGGAGGGUUUUGUGCCCCGCAUCGGGAUUUGGAGCUCAU